AUGGGACGGAAUGAGGAUGAAUACGUCACUUACACCAUCGUGACGUGCCAAGAAAGUGCGACUUCACCAGCUGAAGUCGCCACAAUGAAGAUAAAGCGCUUUCGCGGUGGUUCAUCGAAGGACUGGCUCACAUGGAGCAUGCAGUUUCGAAGCCUCGCGAAACGAAAAGGCUGGAGAGCUGACCAACUAUCCGUUCAACUUCUUACGCUGAUUGACGGUGAUCUGUUGCGCGAACGGAUUACUGUGAAGACCUGGAUGAAGAACUAUGGACACUCACCAAGCGCAGAGAAGAGACGGUACAACGCUGCACGGUACGGCUAA